CCUUGUGUGUGUGUGAGAGAGACAGAGAGAGCUGCUGCAGUGACACAGAGCUGCGGAUAUAAACAAAUGCACGCAUUCUAUCAUUUCGAGUCUCUUCCAGACCUUCUGAGGGUUUCCCGAACCUCUUCACCUGCUGUUUGCUUUCUUCCUGGUCCAUGUUGGUGAAAAGAACCCUCUGUUAGGAGCUGACAUUUAUUAAACCGUGUAUUUUGAACUCCUGCUGUAUGUUUGAGGUAGAAAUAAGGAGGCAAUGACCGAGCUGAGGAAGCGCGGAGGAGGAGCAGCAGGAGAACCUGACAGCACGGAUAAUAUCAGCGAUAAGGAAGCAGAUGGAGAGGACAGACUGGGCCUGGCCAGUGAAGGGGAAGGGGACACUGAGGGUGAGUGUAAAGCAGACACUCCUGAUGUGCCGCCGUCCAGUGACAACACUCCACAAUGUCUCAACAAAGCCCUGGAGGGCCUGUCAUCCAGAUGGAAGAACUGGUGGGUACGAGGGAUUUUAUCACUUACGAUGAUCAUAGGCUUCUUCCUCAUCAUCUAUUUGGGACCCAUUAUGCUAAUAUUUGUGGUUAUGACUGUUCAGAUCAAGUGUUUUCAUGAAAUCAUAACCAUCGGCUACAGAGUUUACCGUUCCUACGAACUUCCAUGGUUCAGAACACUGAGCUGGUACUUUUUGAUUUGUGUGAACUACUUCUUUUAUGGAGAAACUGUAGCAGAUUACUUUGGUGCACUCGUCCGAAGGGAGGAACCCUUGCAGUUCCUUGUCCGUUAUCAUCGUUUCAUUUCUUUCACUUUGUACUUGGCAGGUUUCUGCAUGUUUGUUCUGAGCUUAGUGAAGAAACAUUACCGCCUGCAGUUUUAUAUGUUUGCUUGGACCCAUGUGACUCUGUUGAUUGUGGUAACUCAGUCUCACUUGGUCAUUCAGAACCUUUUUGAAGGAAUGAUCUGGUUCAUUGUACCAAUAUCGAUCGUCAUCUGUAAUGACAUCAUGGCUUACCUGUUUGGCUUCUUCUUUGGAAGAACACCUCUGAUUAAGCUCUCUCCAAAGAAGACCUGGGAGGGCUUUAUUGGAGGCUUCUUCUCCACAGUGGUCUUUGGCUUCAUUUUUGCCUACCUGCUUGCCCAGUACCAGUACUUUGUGUGUCCGGUAGAGUACAACAGUGAGACUAAUCGUUUUGCUGUAGAGUGUGAACCUUCAGAUCUGUUCGUGAUGCAGGAAUACACACUGCCCGUGAUGGCACAGAAUGUCCUGCAAUGGAAAACGGUGAACCUAUACCCGUUUCAGAUUCACAGCGUCGCGCUCUCCUCAUUUGCUUCACUGAUCGGACCAUUUGGUGGCUUUUUUGCCAGCGGAUUCAAAAGAGCUUUUAAAAUCAAAGAUUUUGCAGACACCAUCCCUGGACAUGGUGGUAUCAUGGACCGCUUUGACUGUCAGUAUCUGAUGGCCACGUUUGUCCAUGUUUACAUCGCAAGCUUUAUCAGGGGCCCAAACCCCAGUAAGGUUUUACAGCAGCUGCUGGUCCUGCAGCCUGAACAACAGCUCAGCAUUUUCAACACGCUGCGCAACCACCUGAGAGAGAAGGGCAUGCUGCUUCCUGCUGCGGCAGAGGAAUGAAGGAACACUCAUUUAUUCAUCACUUCAGUUAAAACGUUUAUGGUUUAGCUAUUUAUCGGUUUGCACAACUGUGGAUGCACAGCCAUCACUGUAGAAACUCUGGAGAAACACGAUGCAGUGGACUUUACCUCACACUUCCACUGAACAAACAAAUGUGACCACAGGGGGGAGGUUUUUGUCUUUUUCUUCUCCUUCUUUUUCUUCUUCUUUCUUCUGCAUGUGAGACAUGUCUUCCGACAAACCGAAGGAAAGAUGGACGCACACAGUAAGUGAUGUCAGAGGGCUGGAAGUUUGAAAAUAGUUCUUAAGGCCGAGUUCGGGCAUUGCACUGAUUUUUAAAUUUGAUUGUAGUGUAAUUUAUGAACAGAAGAAAUAGUGCAGUUUGCUUCUGCAAUAAUUCCAAGCCGUCACAUUGGGUUGCGCGAUGCUACAGUAUCCAGGAUUAGCAUGACGACGAUGAUGAUAAUUGUAUCGGUCGCACAAAUAAUCAACAACCUAAAACAGCAUGAGUGAGUCACAUAGUUCCUUCCGAAAGCAGCUUUUCUCUCUUUCCCACGGAUUUAACAUUAGUUCUAUACUCUCUAUAAAAUUCCAAAGCUGUAGGACUUGCCCUUGAGAACUACACUCUUGUGGUUAUGUAUUAAUGUAAAUAGAUAUAGAUUAUACUAAAAGAUUUACAGUAUAAUAUAUAUAUAGCAUAUAAUUGAGACUUAAAGUCCUAUAUAUGUUUAUAGGAUUAAAAAUAUAUGCAAACACUAGAUUAUCUUUUUUUAAAAUAGAGAUUUAGCAUGAUUUUAAUCUUCUGUGUGCAGGGUGAAUGAAUAAGUUAUUUUUGUCUUUACGGAAGAUGAGGACUAAACACUCGGUUCUCUAACCAGUCGAUAAAUUAUUUGUAGUGCACUACAAAAAAAAAAAAAAAUUGCAAUUUUUUUUUUUAAAUCAUCGAAUGAUGUUGUUUUGUGGUAGAAUCUGUUGUGUCUAAUGGAGACGGUUUGAAAUACAGAGUGAAAGAGAUGUGUGCAUUUACUGUUAACUCAGCUGGUAGCCAUGGCGCGUGUUACGUUCAGCACUGUCGAUAUAUUAGCGUCUCAUACAGAUCACAUUAAAACUGCAAAGUCCACUGAUCAAGAUUUUCACCUCAAACAGAUUCACGCUGGAAUAGAUCCAUAAACAAUGGAAAAACUUGUCAAAAUUCAUAUUUAAAUCUAAGCCGUUUGAUUUUCACUAGCAUCUAGCACUUUUCUAGUUUUCCUAGAGCAAGAGCUUAUCUUGUACAUGGAGACGACAGAAAUCAAGCUGACUUGGUGGAGUUUUGGGACCAGACUGUUCACCUUAAAUCCGUGGAUAUGUGGCAAUCUGUUAUAAUGCGACUUGCCAUAUUCCCUUUUCAUUCCGAGUCAAUUUACACGCUUCUCUUUUCAUUAUUUCCUCUUUGUCUGCUGUUUACGUCAACCUGCGUAUGCGAUUAACUUUUUCAGUUUUGCAUGUCUAAAAAAAACUUAAUCACUUCAGACCAAAAAGGUAAUACACCUCUGAGUCAGGUGUCCGUAGCUUCAAAGCAAGUGACGCUACCAGAAUUCUGAGUUACUGCACGGUUUACAUUGUUGUUGAAGAUAUAAUACUGUUCCAGCUUACACUGUUUAACAACAAUCAGCCUUUGGAUGCUUUCGUUAUUGUCGUAUGUUAUGAUAUUGUAAUGUUAUGCUUUAUACCAAAAAGUUGGGCUCAUGUGUUUUUGUUGAAAUAAUUAUUUAUGGGUUUGAGUUAUAGUUUAUUUUUUAACAUAAAUCUAAAGGUUUUUAAUAGAGAAUAUUUAAUGGUCACCAUGGAUACAUGAACAAAGGAAAUGUGAUGGGGCAAUAUUAUUAUUAUUGUGAAUAUGAUUUUAGAAUAAAAUAAAACCUUACGUUAUCCCCUGCUUACAUCUUGUAUCCGAUCUGAUUGACUCACUCAGUGUCUCUCUCUCUCUCGUGUCUCUCAUCUCUCUCGUGUGUGCCUCUGUCUCAUCUCUCUUGUCUCUCUCUCUCUCUCUCUCUUUCGUGCAUCUCUCUCUCGUGUGUGCCUCUGUUUCAUCUCUUUUGUGUCUCUCUCUCGUGUGUGUGCCUGCCUCUGUGUCUCUUGUCUCUCUCGUGUGUGCGUGCCUCUCUGUGUCUCAUUUCUCGUGUCUCUCAUCUCUCUCGUGUGUGUGCCUCUGUCUCAUCUCCCUUGUGUGUCUCUCUUUCGUGCAUCUCUGUGUCUCUCGUGCGCAUGUCUCUCGUGUCUCAUCGCGCUCUCAUGUCUCAGUAAUACUCAAAGAACAAAAAAGUAAGAACACAAUCACAUGUAUGAUUUAAAUCAAGAUUAAAAACAUGCUGGUUUAA